UUUCAACUUUAAUUUCAACGAAACGAAAAUACAAACAAACAAAGAAACGAAAUCGAAACAAACCGAAAAAACCAACCAAACCAAACGGGUUAAAGCUUGCAUGUAGUUCUUAGAGCCACGUAGUAAACGAUAAGGAAACUAUAAAGAAACGAGAUAAACUAAACAGAAUUAAAUAGGGAAUCGGGAAGAAGUUGCAGCUAAUUUCUGGUUCGUAUAACUCCAUUAGAAGGCGAUUAGCAUACUGAAGGAAGGACGAAGAAAGAGAAGCGGGGAAAACCCGCGCUGCAGUGGCUGAAGUGCCAACGAUAAUUCAAUCAAAGGGCGGCAAAAGUUGCCCGGAAAACUGCUUCUGGAAUAGAAGAAGAAGUCGAGAAACUAGAAAACUGGAAAACUUCAUCAAAACACUCGGAUAAAGUGGAAAACGUGUGCGUGCGCGUGUGAAAAACUUUUAGCAUCAGGCCGAGGGUUUUAAUUUCGAUACUUUACAAGUUCCGCCAGCCAGCUGGAAAUGUCCCUGGCCAUGGACCACCAUCAUCAUCAUCAUCAGCAGCUGCCACGUCAGCAGCACCUCAGCAUGUGGCCGACAUUCGCCGUCUGUCUGCUCCUUCUGCAGGCCACCAGCAGCACGAUGGCCAUCGAUUUGAGCCGUUUGUACGGACACAUGGCCAAUCCCAUCGUGAAGCGGAGCGAAGCCUGUCAUCCGUACGAGCCCUUCAAGUGUCCCGGAGAUGGUAAUUGCAUUUCCAUCCAAUAUUUAUGCGAUGGUGCACCCGAUUGCUCUGACGGAUAUGAUGAGGACAUGCGUCUGUGUACGGCGGCCAAACGACCGCCGGUCGAGGAGACUGCAUCCUUCCUCCAGAGCCUGAUCGCCUCGCACGGACCCAAUUACCUGGAGAAACUUUUCGGCAGCAAGGCACGUGAUGCCCUUUCACCUCUGGGCGGUGUCGACAAGGUCGCCAUCGCUUUGAGUGAGUCGCAAACGAUUGAGGACUUUGGCGCUGCCCUUCAUCUAAUGAGAUCGGACUUGGAACACUUGCGCUCGGUUUUCAUGGCGGUGGAGAACGGGGAUCUCGGCAUGCUAAAGUCGCUGGGCAUCAAGGACUCGGAGCUCGGUGAUGUGAAGUUCUUCUUGGAGAAGCUGGUCAACACCGGCUUCCUCGACUGAGUAGCGCCAGAUCCGGCUUCUGGAUUUUAUUACGCACACGCACAGCCCAUCAAUCCUAAUUUCUAUUCGUAUUUGGGGACGCCCUACGAUAAUUACAAUUAUUAAGUGCGAAUUACUCCGAUACACACGUACCUACACUCAUCGUCCGACUACAAGAAAACACCCACCCAGCCCACUCCAUUUCAGCCAAAAGAUAUUUUCUCAAACUCUAUUUUUGAGUAUAAUUUUGCUUUCCAAAAAACCUUUUUAAUCAAUUUUUAAGUUUAUUUAUUUUCAUUUUCCAAACACUUUUAUAGAAAAACAAAAAUCAAG